GUAAUGAUGAAUGAAUGAAGGAGUGUGUGCUGUGGCAGCUCCAUGUCUGAUUUCAUCCUUCCCACACACUCUUAAAUGAAAUUGGCAACAUAAAGGCCUGGGCCCCACACGGCUCCUUUAAAAGCCCCCACUGGCUUCCCUUGCUGGACUGAGCAGAAGCCAGGAGACUUCUGGGUGGAAGGUACAGGCUGUGGGAAUCCACACAUCAGCAUUUCCGUGUUUUUAAUGUCCACAUGGAGCUGAGUGAGACUUCAAUUCAUGGCCAUCUGGGCAUUGCUAUCUGAAACAGAAUUCCCUCCCUUCCUGUUCCAGAGAGGCUGCUGGGCUGCCAACUUUGCUGAUGAGGGACCAAACUGACACAUCCCACUUUAGCGGCUUUGUGGGCUUUGGCUGGUGGGAGGCAAGAGGAAGGAUGUGUCUUUGAUCUUGUCCCUCUCACUUCCCUUCUGCCAUGCCACGGGAGGUUGGUUUCUCUGGCUGUCUGGUACAAAUUCCAGAUUAAACCCUGACAGUGGGCUCACCUUCGUGUCAUCUUCUCAGGGGACGCUAGUCCAUCUUUCCAUGGAUCCAGACAAACACCACCAAGGGCUUUUCUGUUGGGUACAUGAUGACAUCAGCUCGAAGGCAUAAUGUGAUCUCCCAGGAUGUGAUGGUUCUUUGAUUUUUGUCCAUUUGUCUUUUCUUGCAGAGCUUGAGAAGCCAACUGUGGCCAACCAAGUUUGAGGGCCUCUACUGCCUGAUGCCCAUCUGUUAGCCAUACCAAGGCCAUCAGGGAUGAACUGUUCAUGCCAGAUGCUUCUCUGUUCCUGAUAGCACACCUCUCCCCAGAAGAGAAGAGAAGGAGAGUGACCACGUCUGUCCAGCUUAAGUACCCCUUGGAGACCUCCUCUAGAUGCUACCUGAGGCUGCCCUUCAGCCACAGCACAGAGCCAGUAACGGGGUGCCUGGAGAUGGCUUUACUCAGCAACAUCCUAGCAGCCUAUUUCUUUGUCUCAGAAAAUCCUGAGCGAGCCGCCCUGUACUUUGUCUCUGGCGUGUGCGUCGGGCUGGUCCUCACCCUGGCUGCCCUGGUGACGAGGAUCUCUUGCCACACGGACUGCCGGCAGCGUCCUGGCAAGAAGUUCCUGCAGGCCGGAGAGGGCAGCGGCGACAGCAGCAGCGACAGCGAGGACGGCAGCUCCGACACCGCGUCCGACCCGUCGGUCCGGAGGCACCGCCGCUUCGAGAGGACUCUGAACAAGAACGUCUUCACCUCGGCCGAGGAGCUGGAGCGCGCCCAGCGGCUGGAGGAGCGGGACCGUAUCCUCAGGGAGAUCUGGAUGAACCACCAGCCCGAGGUUCCCGGGACCAGGAGCCUGAACCGCUACUACUAGAGGGGUGGGGAGCAACGCAGCCCCCCAGCCUCCGGGCUCCUGGCGGCCGCCUGGACACCACCGGCAGAGACAGGGUCUGCAGGGAGGGUGGCACGAGGGGCGCAACUGGUUCUGCUAACUGAGACGAGCUGAUGGGGAGGAAGGGAUGCCUGGCUUUUCACUAUGGCAGUGGAGAAAAGCAGGAAAGCCUGGUUUCCAGCCAGAAAGGCUGAUUUUUGCUCCUUUUUGGCUCAGCUUGCGGAAUAAUAGAAAAACAUUGGUUCGCUAACUUUUCUGAGUCUUGGAAUGCUGUUGAAAAACUGUCAAUGGCCAUUAAAGAAAUGGAACUGUGGUUUCCCUUGCUUUCUGAGGAUCUCAGAUGUUUCCACAGACUUCGUUCCUGUGUGUUAUUCCUUUACAAAAGGAAAGGUUAGUAUAGUAGGAGGGAUAGGAAUAGCAGGGUGAAUGGAACCCAGCAAAUGCAAUAUUCUAGAUGGUUCCAUGCUACGGAGGUGCUUUUGAUCCAGAUGGCAUGACCUGUGCUCAUUAUUUAAGGCUGAUUUUUAAAUCUUGUGUGGCAGUGGGCAAUCUUGUCCAUUCCAACUGGCACCUCAGGGAUUAAAAUCCUACUUUUUCGUCUACUUCCCACCUCAUUUAUGAAAAUGAGUCAAAUUAUUGUAUUAUGGAAGAUGUGUCAGUGAAGUAUAAAAAGUCAAUAACCUCAAAGGAUGAAGGGUUUUAUUUUAUAUAAAGUAUAUAUUCAUAUGUAUAUUUGAAAAUGCUGCAUAAGAAAAAAAUCUUUGGGGUUCUUUUUUCCCCCUUUUAGAGAGAAGAAAGUUUUGCUGUAACUCCAGAGAAACAUGAUUUUAAACAUACUGUUUUAAAACAAACAAGUUUGGAUGUCCAAGAAAAGAAUGGGAAUGGGAGGAGGUAAGGAAUAAAGCCCAAAUUAGAAUGAGAUUUUAAAAAAAAAUAAAUGUUACACAAAUUC